GUUGCUGAUGGAACUCGAUGUACCGCUGACCCUGAUGACUUUGAUGUCUGCAUCGAAGGAAAAUGUCGGGUACAAUUAAACAUCUUUAAAUGUAAAAAUAGACUUUUGCUACCUGUGACAAAGAUGAAGGAGGUAUAAACAGAGGAAAUGAUUUCGCAGCUUGGAACGUUUUUUGAGCAUGUUGGAUUUUCAGAACGAAGCGAGCGCUUCCUCUCUUCCAAAAAUGAAUGAAAAGACCUUCAACCGUUUUAAGCUAGCUUCUACAAAAGUUUAUCUGGUUGAGUGGGACCCUAUACUAAAAAUGUGUUGAAUGAAAAUCAAACUAACUAAAAAUUUAGCAUCAGUUCCGUUGUCACAGUAGUCACGGUGUGUGUAUCUUUUUUUUUUUUCACCGAUAAGGCCGUAGGCUGCGAUCACGGAUUUGAGUCAGGAACGAGAAAGGAUCGCUGUGCGGUAUGCGGGGGAAAUGGGGAAACUUGUAAAUUUGAAAAAUCAUCUUACACCAAAGACCACAGAAGCUACGGUAAGUUCACCGCAUAACAAGUAAUUAAAAAAUACAGUGGUACAUGUACACUUUAAAGCAAACUAAAAAUUAACCGUGAGCGUGGAGCACAAUUGAUAUUUGAUAUGGACCAAAUUUUGUAUUGUCAUUCUUCUCAUACAGGUUUUGGAAAUGCAGAUACUGUAGUGAUUCUUCCUGUUGGAACAGUGAAUGCAACGAUCAAGAAGAGAGGAGUUAACUUAAAUUUCUUGGGUAGGUAGUUCGAAACUUACGUUGGACAUUUUUGGCUCGUCUUUUUCAAAUAACCGUGGUAUUCUUCCAUCAUAUACGGCGAGAUUUUUUCUCUUAAUAGGCAUUAAGGAUCAUUUGACAGGUCAAUACAUCAUUCAUCUUCCUACCUAUAGUCGCACGGUCUAUUACAAUGGAACGAAGAUUGCUUACAUUCGUAAUGGAUAUGAAUAUGCAGAUUCCCUUGAAAUUGACGGGCCGACAAAUAUCCCCCUGAGAGUAGUGGUAAGUUCAAAAAAUGUCACUUCAUACUGAAACAUACGACGGUAUACAAGAACGAAUAACAUGCGGAAUUAAAGAGUAUCAACUAAUCUAGAGAUACCAAAGAGGGGAGAAUUUCUGCCAAAUUUUGUGAUAUUUUCCAAUAGGCCAGUUUCAAUGAUUAAAAUUCAUUCACGUACAAUUUUUUAAAGAGCCUUUUUUAGGCUCACUUAAGUCUCGUGUUUAACUGAAGAUUUAUUGAUUGACUGAUUGAUUGAUAUAUGGAUUGAUUGAUUGAUUGAUUAAUUGUUGAUUGAUUGAUUGACUGAUUGAUUGAUUGAUUGAUUGAUUGAUUAAUUGAUACUUAACUCAGAGGCUGAGGUAAAUAAAGCAAACGAAAUUGCAUUGAGAUCAAGAGGUUAAUAAUUCAUUUCUUUUGCCUUAUUACUCUCAGACUCGGAGCCAAGUUUGAAUUUUGAUAAUUCGAAAACGGCACAGUGUGCUGCCUGUUUUUUAUUUCAUCUAUGCAUCAAUGGUGAAAAGAUGUUCUGUUUUCUUGUGUCUUUUAGUUUGCUUAUAUACGAGGAAAACCUCAAGGAGUGGACUAUCAGUUCUACAGGCCAUUACUGUCAAAUGAAUCUGCUGCCCCUGUUUCGUUUAAAUGGAUCACUGGAGCCUGGACUGCCUGCUCUGGGAAAUGCGGCAAAGGU